AUGGCGAACCCAGAGCAUGGAAACCAAACGUCCAUCACAGAAUUCAUCCUCCUGGGAUUUGGGGACCUCCCUGAACUGCAGAUCCCUCUCUUUCUGCUGUUCCUAGUGAUCUACAUCGCAACCGUGGCUGGGAACCUCCUCAUUGUUGUGCUAGUUGUGGCUGAUCGGCACCUUCACACCCCCAUGUACUUCUUCCUGGGGAACUUGUCCUGCUUGGAGACCUGCUACACCUCCUCCAUCCUGCCCAGGAUGUUGGUCGGUCCCCUGACUGGGGACAGGACUAUUUCAUUUAGUGGCUGCCUCACACAAUAUUAUUUCUUUGGUUCUCUGGUUGCUAUAGAAUGUCUUCUCCUGUCAGUGAUGUCUUACGAUCGAUAUUUAGCCAUAUGCAAUCCAAUGCACUAUGCCUCCCAUAUGAAUGAGAGGUCUUGCCUGCAGCUUGCAGGUGGCUCUUGGAUAGGUGGCUUCCUACUUAGUAACAUAACAACGCUGUCGAUAUCACAGUUAGCGUUCUGUGGCCCCAAUGCUAUUGACCAUUUUUUUGGUGAUCUCAUCCCCCUUGUAAAACUAUCCUGCAAUGACCCUCACCUGAUGGAAAUAUCAAUACAAAGAAAUCAUUUAGCCAUCACAGAAUUCAUCCUCCUGGGGUUCGGGGAUCUCCCUGAGCUGCAGACCCUUCUCUUCCUGCUGUUUCUAGUGAUCUAUGUUUUGACCAUGGCUGGGAACAUCCUCAUUGUUGUGCUAGUUGUGGCUGAUCAGCACCUUCAUAUCCCCAUGUAUUUCUUCCUGGGGAACUUGUCCUGCUUGGAGACCUGCUAUACUUCCAACAUCCUGCCCAGGAUGUUGGCCAGUUUCCUGACAGGGGACAGAACCUUUUCAUUCAAUGGGUGUCUCACACAAUAUUAUUUCUUUGGAUGCUUAGCAGCUGCAGAAUGUUAUCUCCUAGCAGCAAUGUCUUAUGAUCGAUACCUAGCGAUACGCAAACCACUGCAUUAUGGAGCCCUCAUGAAUGGCAGGCUCUGCCUCCAGCUAGCUACAGUAUCUUGGGUAAGUGGCUUUCUGGCUAAUACUAUAUUAACAUUUUUUAUCUCCAACUUAAUCUUCUGUGGUCCCAAUGAAAUUGACCAUUUCUUCUGUGAUUCCUUCCCAAUGAUGAAACUCUCCUGCAGUGACACUCAUCUGACUGGACUUUUAACGUCCAUUGUGGCUUGCAUAUGCUCACUGCCUCCGUUUCUAUUAACCGUGACAUCCUAUAUUUAUAUCAUUACCUCCAUCCUGAGAAUCCCUUCCAGCACUGGGAGGAAGAAGACAUUUUCCACCUGCUCCUCCCACCUUAUUGUGGUUACAAUUUUCUUUGGGUCGAUACUGAUUGUGUAUGUGCUUCCACAUAGCAACAGACUGAAGGACUUUAACAAAUUCUUCUCUGUCUUUUACACCAUCCUGACUCCCAUGGUCAAUCCACUCAUCUACAGCCUGAGAAACAAAGAAGUAAAGGAGGCCCUGAGGAAAGCUUUCAAUAAAUGUAUGGAUUUUAAGACACUGCAGAAAAUUCAGAUUGCUUCAAGUUAG